GCUCCCUGCGCAGGGUCCUGGGGUGGGGGGGCACGGGAGAGCUCGGGCCGGCCCCUUCUUCGUCCGGCUCUGUUCUUCCUCAAGAGGAGUGACCUUUGGAAAAGAAGAAAUGCCCCCUGUGCUGACAGCCAGGGUCCAACAGGAGCCAGUGACCUUCCAAGAUGUGGCUGUGGUCUUCACGCAGGAGCAUGUGGGCGUGCCUGGACCCUUCUCAGAAGGAGCUGUAUCAGAGUGUGAUGCUGGAGACCUACCAGAACCUGCUCUGCCUGGGACUGACCAUGUGCAAGCCAGAGGUGAUCCACCAGCUGGAGCGAGGGGAAGCUCCGUGGAAGUCAGAGAGGAAAGUCCCAGUGAGCAGCUGUCCAGAUUGGGUAACUAGGCCUGGAGACAAGGAGUCAGCUCCAAAGCCGGACAUUUCUUUGAAGCAGUUGUUCCAGGGCAGACUCCCGAAGGACAGUCCCUGUGCUUCCAGCUUGAGGGAGGCCUGGGACUGUGAUGCCAGAUUGGAGAAACUGCGGAGCAUGGAGGAUGUCAGUGUCACCCAAAGGGAAACUCCCAGUAAAAUGAUGGCUUGUUCAGGUGACAAAUGCGUCCAGAACAUCCAUUUGGAACCAAAGCAUUUUCUACAACACAGAGUAUCUCUAGAAAAAGGUGCUCCCAUGUGUAGUACAAGCAGAGAGAGCUUUUUAUCUUCAGAACCAGGGAAAUGUCAGAUUUCCUCUAGGGAGAUAGUUUCUACAUCUAAAUCAGACUUUAUUGCAUAUCAUAGACUUUAUUCUGGAGAGAAACCUGGUGAGCCUAAUGAAUGUGGGAAAGCCAUCUUCCUAAGCCCAACCAUCAGUUCCCAUCAGAAGAUUCUCACUGGAGAGAAAACUCAUAAAUGUAAUCAGUCUGGGAAGACUUCCUCCAAAACCUUAGAAUUCAAUGAAAUUCAGCAAAUUCACAUAGAAGAGACACCAUCUGAAUAUAGUGAACAUGGAAAACCUUUCAUCUGUAACUCAUCCCUUCCUUCCCAUCAAAAAAUUCACCCUCAGAAGCAAUCUAAUGAUUUUUUGAAGUCCAUCCUACAGAGUUCACAGCUUCACCAGAAAAUUCUUAAUAGAGAAAAGCAUUAUGAAUGUAAUGAAUGUGGGAAGACUUUCAGCCAGAGAGGAUACCUUCCUGGACAUCAGAGAAUUCAUACUGGAGAGAAGCCUUACGACUGUAAGGAAUGUGGGAAGGCCUUCCGCCUGAGAGAACACCUUACUCGACAUCAGAGAAUUCAUACUGGCGAGAAACCUCACAAAUGUAAUGAAUGUAGGAAGGCCUUCCACCUCAGCACAGAUCUUACUCGACAUCAAAUGAUUCAUACUGGAGAGAAACCUCACAAAUGUAAUGAAUGUGGGAAAGCCUUUAGCCAGAAAGGACAUCUUACUGUUCAUCAGACAAUUCAUACUGGGGAAAAACCUUAUGAAUGUAAUGACUGUGGGAAGGUAUUUCGCCUCAGAGGUCUUCUUGCUAAACAUCAGACAAUUCAUACUGGAGAAAAACCUUAUGAAUGUAAUGAAUGUGGUAAGGCCUUCCACCUGAGAGAGCAGCUUACUCGACAUCAAGGUAUUCAUACUGGAGAGAAGCCUUAUGAAUGCAAAGAAUGUGGGAAGGCCUUCUACUUGAGCACAGAGCUUACUCGACAUCAGAGGAUUCACACUGGAGAGAAGCCUUACGAAUGUAAGGAAUGUAGGAAGUCCUUCCACUUGAAUACAGACCUCAUUGGACAUCAAAGGAUUCACACUGGAGAGAAGCCUUAUGAAUGUAAGGAAUGUGGAAAGGCCUUCCAUCUGAGAGCACACCUUUCUCGUCAUCAAAGGAUCCAUACAGGAGAGAGACCUUAUGAAUGUAAUGAAUGUGGGAAGGCCUUCCACCUGAGCUCAGAUCUUACUCGACAUCAGAGGAUUCAUACUGGAGAGAAACCUUAUGAAUGUAAAGAAUGUGGGAAGGCUUUCCUACUGAGCACAGAUCUGACUCGACAUCAGAGGAUUCAUACUGGAGAGAAACCUUAUGCAUGCAAUGAAUGUGGGAAGGCCUUCCACCAAAGAGAAUACCUUACUAGACAUCAGAGGAUUCAUACUGGGGAGAAACCUUAUGAAUGUAAUGAAUGUGGGAAGGCCUUCUGCCUGAGAGAACAGUUUACUCGACACCAGAGAAUUCAUACUGGAGAAAAACCUUAUGAAUGCAAAGAAUGUGGAAAGUCCUUUCGCUUAAGAGAACUCCUUACUCUACAUCAGAGGAUUCAUACUGGAGAGAAACCUCAUAAAUGUAAUGAAUGUGGGAAGGCCUUUAGCCAGAGAGGGCAUCUUACUGUACAUCAGACAAUUCAUACUGGGGAAAAACCUUAUGAAUGUAAUGACUGUGGGAAGGUAUUUCGCCUCAGAGGACUUCUUACUAAACAUCAGAUAAUUCAUACUGGAGAAAAACCUUAUGAAUGUAAUGAAUGUGGGAAGGCCUUCAGCCUGAAAGGACACUUAACUCGUCAUCAGAAUAACAAAAGGCAUCCCUUCCUGGUAAACUAACCUAUCUGGGAUUCUGGGGCUUUUAUAAAGAUAGCUAUGUGGUGGAGAUAAGGAAUUGUACAAAAAAUUAAUUAUUAAUAACUAUAUAUAACCUGGAAAUUAUAUAUAAUUGGAUUUAUGAAAAAUUAUACGUUUAGAAAAAUUGUAAUUGGGCCGUAAGUCCUGC